AUCACCGUGUUAACAAUGAGCAUUAAGACAGUUUUACCACAAUUCCCACAGUUCACAGUGCACUUGUUCAAGUUUAAGAAUGUUACAAACAGUAAAGAGAUCAAACAGAACUUGAUCAAAGGUGAUAAACGUUAUGACUUUUCUUUCAUCAAUGCGCAGACAGUACUCUCUGAGGAACAGCUCUUAUCCGCAGUUUAUAGAGCACUUUUGGACCAUACACAGGAUAAGAUCAGAACCAAGACAAUACACUCCGAGGUCAUCUUCAGUCUAAGCCCAACCCAAAACAUCAUGGAUGCGCUUAGAAGAUUUGGAAUACAAGAUGACUCCACGGACUUGAUCGUGAUAAAGAUCGUAGACUCAAACAGUCAGGAAGAAUUUGACUUGAGUGUUGUUGAAGGUGAAGAGGUCGAUAUUACAGAUGAGGAUCUAAAAUCAAGUGCAAUCUUAAAGACCAUUAAGAAAAACUACAAGUUGAAAUCAGAAGAUCUUACAGUUUUAAGUCAUCAGAUAGUAGCAGCCAUUCAGCUACGCGGACUGUGAUAUAUUUGCGAUGUAUCGACACUUUAUACAAUGGCGUCAUUCAGUUCUUUUU